CUCUAUAUCUAGGGUUCUAGUUGUUAACCUGAGAAAAAAUUUUGCUGAAAAGUAGUUUCCUUAACGAAUUGGUUAUAAAAAGAGAUCUUUAUAUUCCUUCCGUCCUGUGCAGUAUUAGGUCUUUGUGAGAGUCCGGCAACGUCAGAUAACGUAAAAUACCUACCAUCUAAUUUUAAAAAAGAAAGAAGAAAUUAUUUUUACAUACGCAUGCUCAGGCUAACAUAGCAACAAAAUAUUCAUUAAAUAUUAGCUACAUGUUGUAAACGAAAAUAGCAGUCGAACCAACAACUUUUCUAUUUAUUGAUGUGAUUAUAAAUUAUGUAUUUGCGAAAAAACGUAAAGACGUAAUUUUAUUUAUGCAAGAUAAAUAUUGUAUAUAUGAUCGUGCUGAACUUCAAACUAGUUAAACGAAAGAAAAGUAAGCAAGUCAGUUUGUAGUGGCUUAGAAAAAGUUAAGAUGAAGUUUACCCUGUUUCUUCUUCUUUUGACCUGCAUGUGUGCGGCUGUUGAAUGCAAUUGUACAGAGGUCAUUUGUGAAAAACACAGCACGACCAUAAAUUGCUCACCAGGUGGAGUAAUAAAGAUAAUUGAUGCCUUUUAUGGUAGAAGAAGUAAAAAUGUUUGCCCUGGACGUGGCAAAGAUCAGCAUUGUACAUCAUUACGAAUAUUGAAAAAAUUAGAUAAUUGCAAUAACAAGCAGAGUUGUAGUAUAAAAGCAUCGAAUGAUGAUUUUGGUGAUCCAUGCGAAGGCAUUUAUAAAUAUGCUGAAGUGGUAUACAAUUGCAGCUAUGCGACCGAAAAGUUAAUAGCAGGCGAGAUAAAGCUGUUUAUCUUUAACAGAAAAAUCUUUUUGAAAGUGAUUGGCUAA